GUUUAUCCCAGAUUGCUCGGCACUUGUUACGGCCAGCGAUAACGUCAUUUGUUGCCCCAUCAACAUCAGCUCCGCGCCGGACUUCAACAGCAUUCUUCAACAGCAUUAUGGGUUCAACAGUCACGGCAGAUGAGCGCAAUGCGCGGACUAUCCAUACAGCAGCGUGUUUGAUUAUCGGUGAUGAGGUUUUGGGUGGAAAGACCAAAGAUACUAAUUCCAACUACAUGGCAAAAUGGUGCUUCAACCUGGGAAUCAAUCUCAAGAGGAUUGAAGUCAUCGCCGACGACGAAGAUGAAAUUGUCGAGGCUGUCCGCCGUAUGAGUGACCGUUAUGACUUUGUAGUCACCAGCGGAGGCAUCGGCCCCACCCACGAUGACAUUACCUACCAAUCGAUAGCCAAAGCCUUCGGUUUGCCUCUCAAGCUGAACGAAGAGGCUUUUAAACUCAUGAAGAAGCUUUCUGUUCCUCGCAAGGGCGAGCCACCGUUCAACUGGGACGAGCCCUCGCCCGUUCUCACCGCAAAGCUCCGUAUGGUGGAGCUACCGACAGACGUCAACAGAGACCUGGCGAAGCAGUUCCUCUUUCCUUGCAAGGAACUUUGGGUGCCAGUUGCGGUGGUUAAUGGGAAUGUGCACAUCUUGCCGGGCGUGCCUAGGUUGUUCGAGAAACUCCUAGACGGCCUCAAGCCUUCCAUCCAACCGCGCCUAGUCGAUCCCGACGGCAAGGGUAUUACCAGAGUUACCAUCUCCACGCCACUCCCUGAGAGCGCUAUUGCCGCUUACCUCACCGAGCUGGCAGCAAGAGUUGAACCCAAGGGCGUCAAGGUUGGAAGCUACCCCCGAUGGGGGGAGAAGCAUAACACAGUUACCCUUGUUGGAAAAGACAAAGACUUCCUCAACUCCAUCGCCCCCGAAGUCAGCCACUACGUCAAAGGCCAGAUCGUGACUACCGAAAGCGACGAUGACACUAGUAGUUAGGGACUACAACGUGCCAAACGUCGUGGAGGUUGGAAAGAGAAGAGUGGUUAAGAAGGGUUUGUGCGUGUGACUUUAGGCUUUAGACUUUGACAGCAUACAGGAGCGAUAGGGUUUCGUCUCAGUGGGAAAGGAGUUAAAGCGCACUAGAAGAUCAUAAGCGACAUCUAGCCAUGGGUCGAUCAGAUCUAGACGAAUAAAGUGAGGGCCGAACAAAGACUUGAUCACAUCAAUACUCUUGACAAAAGGGGGGGGGGGGAGAUUUACAUGUACUACGCUUCUUUAACCGUUGAUGCAGUGUUGAGUAAAAAGUAAGUAGAUAGAUAGGUAAAAAGUUACCCUACUUUACCUUGACCA